UAGGAAAGUUCUACUUGAAGUGAGCUAUAUCAUUUGAUGUUUGCUUUGCAUUCAAAUCCCAACAGAGCUAAUGUCAACGUAACCUAACCCUCUAUCACGUGUGUUUGAUUUGGAGAGAUUUCUCGCGUGUCAAUAAAUGGCGUGUUGUCGUGUUAACCCGUAACCCGUGCAUGCAUUUUUCAUCACUUGCCAAUUGCCCUCGUGCGCGAUGAGACGUGUUAAAUAGGACACUCUCGAAGCGGCUAAUCGGGAAAGGUCGGAUAUCAUGUACGGUGAAAAGUCAAGUGAUUGGUGGAACCGCUGCAAGCUGCUGGUGAGGGAGUUUUGCCGUGAAAGUUCAAUCCACGGAUGCAAGUACAUCGUUGGGGCCAACAGGGCUUUGAUAGAGAAAACUUGGUGGCUCAUCGUGUCCGGAAUAUCACUCUAUGGUUGCGGUAGUCUCAUCCACAACGUGUACGAAAAGUGGCAAUCUGACCCGGUGAUCGUCAGCUUUGCCUCCAAGCAGGUUCCAAUCUUCAAGAUACCGUUUCCUUCGGUGACGAUCUGUCCGGAGAACAAGGUCAAGAUGACACACAUCAACAUUUCUCAGUCGUACUACGAUGCAAUCGAAGGGAAUCUUACGGAGCGAUCGGAUCCUGAGCGCUUCAGGAAGCUGCUCGCCAUGCUGCAGGUGUGUGACUUUAUGAUGUACGAGAUCAUCAAGAACGAAACGUACGACGACGAAUGCAUCAAGUGGCUGCAGCGUAUGAAGACACCUCUGGAUGAGAUAUUCAUCACAUGCCAGUGGCGCAGCGAGGACGUCAACUGCACGGAAAAGUUUCGACCUACGUUGACCGCUAAAGGCAUGUGUUACACGUUCAACUCGCUCUCCGCUGAAGAUAUGCUGCGCACAUCGGAGCUCAACUCCGAGUACCAGUAUCUGGCGGAGACCCGGAGAAUCACAAACUGGACCUUGGAUCGUGGUUAUUCGCUCGGAUCAACGCAAGGUGUCUACCCUCAACGGGUGCUCGGAGCAGGAGUUGGUGGGGGACUGCACGUUCUGAUCAAAGCGAACAUCAGCGAUAUGGAUUACCAGUGUAGCAAUACCUUCCAGGGAUUCCGUGUGAUGCUGCACACUCCGAUCGAGUAUCCUGAGCUAAACCUGCGCAGUUUCCGCGUUCCACUGGACCAAGAAGUGGUGGUUUCGGUUAUUCCGGAGGUCGUUGAAACAUCUGCCGAAGUCAAGGACUAUUCACCCGAAGGUCGUCAGUGUUACUAUGCGAACGAGCGACACCUGCGAUUCUUCCGGGUGUACAGUCUGGAAAACUGCCAGAUGGAAUGUCUCACAAACUACACCAUUGAACGUUGUGGCUGUGUAAAGUACUCAAUGCCGCGACCCCCGGAUGUACGUAUCUGCGGUCUGACCAAGGUUAAAUGUUACCAAAGAGCCGUUGUGGAGAUGCUCAAGUCCAAGGCUAACAUGGUAAAAUUUGAGAAUCCUCGCUUCAAGGACUCGUGCAAUUGUCUGGCAUCGUGUACCACGAUCCAGUACAACGUCGAGCUAUCUCAGUCCAACUUCAACUGGCACAAACUGCUUCCGGCUACCAAACGUUUCUUGCAGGGUGUCGAAGGAACCCAAGUAUCAAGCCUAUUGGUCAUGUUCAGGACGGAAGGAUUCAUUCCGGUGGUUCGAAGGGAGCUUUACGGAACGACCGAUCUUCUGGCGAACGCUGGAGGUCUGCUGGGACUGUUCAUGGGUAUUAGCAUCCUAAGUCUGGUGGAGAUUCUGUACUAUUGCUCGAUCAAACCGUUGGUGCUGUGGUGGAAGGAAUUGAACAAAGUUGUAACCGUCAAGCAGGUCACUCCGAUUGUAGGAGGAGCCAAACCUAGCGUUGUUAGAAUGUUUUAUAUGAAGUGAAUCCCUGAAGGUGUAAGUCAGUU